AUGGCUGUCAAAGAUGCACUUAAACAAGCGCCUGGCACUAAUCAGUUUGAGAUUUAUAUUUCCAAGUUAUACUUGCUCUACAAUCAGUCAACCAGGAACACCAGAUUGCUUAGAGAAGCAGCGGCCGAGCUCGACAUCCAAAUACUGAGAAUAGGUCUAAUAUUCACGAUCCGAUGGGUUGCCAGCAGCUUUGAAACCGUGAAAGCAGUAUGGAAAGAUUUCCCCGCACUCGCACUGCAUUUUAAAACAGCCAGUGAGGACACAUCACGCAAUGAUCUUGACAGGCAAAAAUACAGGGGACUUCUGAAGCACCUUGCUAACUCAGGAUUCGUUGAAGAUGUCUUGCGUGAACUCCAGGGCCUGUCUCUCAAGCUGCAGAAAAGAGAGGUGUCACUCGUGGAUUCAAGUCUCGCCAUCCAACAAACCAUCGAUGUUUUGACGAGCAUGAAGACAUCUGGUGGGGGGAAAUCCACCAAGAAGGCUGAACAGACCGUUUCAUCUGGACGUUUUAAGGACGUCGAGCUGAGUGAAGGCAGGGCGAAAAUAAACCGGUCUCAGUUGUAUGAAUCGGUGAUUGUGUCUCUGGCUAAGCGAUUACCGGAGACAAAUUUGGUCCUGAAGCUCAAAGCUCUUGACAAGCGUUUUUGGCCAACAGCGCAGGAGGACUUGGUUUUGCAUGGCGAACCAGAAGUGCACAGCCUUGCGAAAGCGCUUGGAGAACCAACCAGGGAGGCCGUGGAGCAGUUUCGAGACUGGAAAUUACAAGGCACUGCACCAGGGAAAACCUUGGAAAGAAUUUGCAUUGCAAGUCGCACGUAUCUCCCCACGUCAGCCGAGUGUGAGCGAGGUUUUUCCGCAGUUAAUAACACGGAUGACAAGACGCGCAACAGGUUGCGCGAAGGCAGCCUGUCUUCGCUCUUAUUUGUGGACCUCAAUGGACCACCUCUGGACAAAUUUGACCCAGUUCCAUUCGUCAGAAGCUGGAUUGCAGCAGGACAUCGCCUAUCUACGUCCUGGAAACCAGGACGGGAGCCACAAAAAACUGUCGAG